AUGGCGGCGCCUCAGCCCGGCUGGAAACUAGAGGGCUCCCAGCUUCAACCUAGAGGAGACAGAAGAAAACUGGACCAGAGAGACAAAGCUCAACCAGAAAAACUACAUCAGGGUGGAAAUAAAGCCAAUAGUUCCACGACCAUUAGCACUUACCCCAAGCAUCCAUUUGCUCCUCAGACCAAAGCAGCUGACAAACUCUUAAAAAAGGAGCUAAGAGGAGCAAGGCACAAACGUCUCACAGGGCAAGGCUGUGCAAGCUGGACUAACCCGAGUACCAGAAACUAUCCCUGCAAAAUGAGCCAGAUUCCUCCAAAGAGUCCCUUGGCAUCCCUGUUUUCAGAGYGCGUCAACUCCAGGGUGGAUUCUCUGGACCACUUGUCAAUGGACAGUUUUUGGCUGGAAGUAGAGAACAUUAAGCAGAGCAAUGAAGCCGAGCAAGAAGAAUGCAGCCUUGCAGAUGUCAAAGCACAAGAGGAAGGGGACGCCGAGGCCGARUGGCUGCAGGACGCCGGCCUCUCCGACCUCCUGGGCGACCGGGCCUCGGAGAACGACAACAUCGUGUUGCUCUCCACCCUGACCAAGACGCAGGCCGCGGCCGUGCAGCGGAGGCUGGACACCUACUCCCGCUCCCGGCGGAGGAAGCACAAGCAUCCCGUGCGCGACGUCCGAGACAUUUUUGGAGUCGUCAGCAAUGGGGAGACAGUGACACAGAAGGAGGAGACCAGACCAGACCAGUUGUGGCACAAUCUACAGAGUGCAAAUGUGCAGAAACCAGAAACUCAGGAUUACUCCUGCACAGUUCGAAACUCUGGGAAAGAAGAGGUGUUCAACAUGGACGUUGCCUAUUCGGAGCAGGCAGCSGUUCUGCUCAAAGGAUCCUUCCUGUCAGAUUCCAGGAGGAUAAAGGAUGGCAAUGUCCUAACUAAAUUUAAGAUCCCCAAGGGCAGACUAGGAGUGACCAGGAUUGGAGAUCUGUCUGCUCAGGACAUGAAGAAGAUUCCCACACUGGCCCUUAUUGAGCUGACGGCCCUCUGUGAUGUCCUAGGCUUUGAGCUGAAGAGAAACAAGGCAGUGAAAUUGAAAACAGCAGAGAAAAGACUCUUUGGAGUUCCACUCAACACGCUGUUGGAAAACGACCAAAAACUACUCCCCAACACCAAGGUCCCUCUGCUACUCCAGGCAUUACUGUCAUGUCUGGAAAAGAGAGGACUUGAAACUGAGGGCAUUUUGAGAGUCUCUGGAUCCCAGACCAGAAUUAAGAGCCUGGAGCAGAAACUAGAAAGUGACUUCUAUAGUGGCCUUUUCCGCUGGGAUGAUGUCCAUCAGAACGACGUGUCGGGGCUCCUGAAGAGAUUCAUCAGAGAGCUGCCUGCACCGCUCCUGACUGCAGAGUAUCUGCCUGCUUUUGCUGCUGUACAAAAUAUUCCAGACCUGAAGCAAAGAUUGCAAGCCCUUAACCUCCUUAUCCUGAUUCUACCGGAGCCCAAUAGAAACACUUUAAAGGCACUACUUGAAUUUCUCAGCAAAGUGGUUGCCAGGGAGAAAAACAACAAGAUGAACCUCUGGAAYGUUUCCACGGUCAUGGCUCCCAACCUCUUCAUGCACAAGGGCCUGCCCAACAAGAUUCCCGAAGGGAAGGAGAAGCAGCUGGCAGAGGGGGCAGCUGACGUUGUGCGGAUGAUGAUCCAUUACCAGGAUCUGCUCUGGACAGUCUCCUCCUUUUUGGUAGCUCAAGUGAGAAAACUGAAUGAGAGCAAUAGCAAAAGGUACCAGUUCUGUGACAAGCGAAUAAAAAACUUGUUGCGGAAGAUCCAUGCUGAUAAAGACAAGGUGGAAAAGAACCAGGCAGAGCCUUCCAAGGUUGUGAAGGUCCACACUUCUCUCCUCCUGAAAGACUCUCUGGAGGUCCAUUUGAACAAYGCAACCAGAGUUGCUGAUGUCUUGAAGCAGUUUCAGAAGAAUCUGUGCCAGAACGGCUGGAACAUCGUUAACACCGUCAACCUCCUCAAGUGUAACAACUCUAUGGAGUCUACCAACCUGCUCCUGUAUGAAGUGGGUGGCAAUAUUGGUGAGCAUUGCCUGGAUCCAGACACUUACCUCUUAGACUUGUACCACAUCAACCCCCAUGCAGAAUGGAUAAUUAAGCAAAACCCAUCUUAUAUAAUUUAAAAAGGUAAAAACAUCUCCCUCCAGGGAAAAAAUAAUGUGCAAAUAAAACUACAAAAUUUGGACAAUAAGGAUGGAAGGUGAGAGGAGAAACUUGAUGAAGAUGGUAGAACACAUCUGUUUCUUCUGGGUUGGCUUUUUUGAUCAACACCAUGACUUGGAGGAGCGAUAGCUGAACGCUGCAGUGGUACUUGGCAUCCUUUUGGUAAGAUCCACUGCUGCCUGUUACCCACUGCCACAAUAAGUUGCGAGCCUGUGUUUCACUCUUAAGGUACUGCAAAUUUCUCUGAAGAAUGGAAAAGGAUGUGUUUAAAAGACCCACCAUGAUGCAAAGCUGACAGCUUGUAUUUAAUGAGUGCAGUCCAAUACACUCAACACAUGCAGGAAAAUCAUUUUUACUGGAUGCAGUGUGGAAUGCAUGGAAAACUUCAAACGGACAAUUUGCUAAGAGAUGUCUGUCCCACACAGGUCCUGCUGGUAAUACAGAAGCCUGCAGGCUAUCCCUGGUGGGUAUGACACCUUUUUUUUAUUUUGCUUUUUUUUUGCUGUACAGUUAUUUUUACAAACCUACCUAGGAAGUGAUAACUGAGGGGAGCAUCCUCAAACCAAAGGGAGGUUGGUGGUCUCACCUGGCCGCACAAAUGGAAUUCCUUCCUGGAAGCCUCUCUGAACAGGUCUGUUUAUGAGCAAACAAACACCCAAAGCCCUGAGACGUGCAGUGGCUGAAACAAGGUCCGUGCGCGUCCGUCUGUGUCAYGGCUCUCCGCGCUGGUGACCGAAGGGAGCUGCUGGCCCCUCGUGCUGGGUGAGCAUUGGGUGAGUGCAGCGACGCGGACUGCAGCCGGAGCAGAGCACGGAGGCAGCUCCCGGCCAUGGCAGCGAUGCUCCGAGACCUCACGCGAGGGAGCCCGCGAGGCGCCUGCGGGGCAUGGACCAGGCAGCGUCUCUGAAAAUCCUGGCCUCGUUGUUUUUAUACUGUUUUUAAACACUGUUGGGUAUUUAUUCGUGUGGCUGAAGCAGGGCUGCCCUGCAAGUGUAUACUCCAAGUAUUGCAUCUGCCAAGUCCUACCUGAGCUAGUGACAAUCUCCAGUAUUAUUUCUUCUGUAUAACUCAGUUUUUCCACUGCAAUCUGAGCUUUGUCUCCUCCUCCUUUUUUUCCCUCCGUUCUGAUAUGUAGCUGUCCCUCUUUGUUACCUUUAAGUCGUGAUGCUCUUUAAGAGCACUCCGGUCUGUGGUUUGUCUGUCUUUGUGGCUCAGUUCUCUUGGGGAUUACGGUCCUUGAGAAGCAGGUGAGCCAUAGCUGUCCAUGUUYUCUCUAACCUGUUGUGAAUACUGUGUGUGUGAUGCUGAUGUCUUAAAAUGUUGUAUAUUACAGUGUGUUGACACUUUUGACCAGGAUGAUGCAGGUUCAGUGGUGCAAGGAAUCGCCUUCAUAGCUGUCUCUCUGAGACAUAAUAGCAACUUGAUGAAAAAAAGCACCCAAACAGCCAACCCACAACCCCAUAUCAAGACUUUUGGGGAUGCCUCUGUUUAAUAGAGCUUAAAUUGUGCCUAGAAGGGCUGCCUGCUCUUGUUGAGGAUGGGUGUGCUGUGUGUCUCGAGAUCAAGCUGCUCUAAAAUCGGGCAUUAAGAAUCCAAGGUACCUAUUCACUAAUCACCUCUGGAAAAAUUUGUUGCAGGGACAGGGCUUAGCAAGGAGCAAAUGCCAGAAGGGUGAUACUCCAAAAAAUACCUACUGUGCAAGAGUAUCAUUGAAAACAGAAUAAUGGUGGGAGACGAGAACCUGUUCCUGCRUAAAGAUGUGUGUGUGUGUUUUGUAGGGAUUAGUUUAACU